GACUCUAACGUGCUGCCAGGGUUGGAAGCCAACCCACGGAGUCUUGUCUCCUGCUUGUGGGUGGAGGGGAGCUUCCGAAGGAGGCCAGCGAAGAACCCUCCAAAGCGGGGAGGACCCAGCAUCCGGCCCCUCACCCCUGGCGUGCAAACGGGUCAGACCGUUAGGCACAGCCUCCUUGUGGGGCGCAGGGACAGGAAGCAGGGUUUAGAGCACCUCGAGGGGGAAGGAGUGGCAAGUGCGGAGGGCAGCCCCUCCCAGGACUAGAACCCACUUCCUACUUUACACCAGCACUGGAGGAGGCUGGUGGGACAGGGCGGGGGCGGUGGGGCCUCCCCUAGCCUUCCCUCCCCGUCUCCUUCACUGUCCUUCCAGCAGGCACAGGAAGGUGAGGCAAGGUGUUUCCAGCCGGCAGGAUGGAGGACGAGGAAGGCCCUGAGUAUGGCAAACCUGACUUUGUGCUUUUGGACCAAGUGACCAUGGAGGACUUCAUGAGGAACCUGCAGCUCAGGUUCGAGAAGGGCCGCAUCUACACCUACAUCGGUGAGGUGCUGGUGUCCGUGAACCCCUACCAGGAGCUGCCCCUGUAUGGGCCUGAGGCCAUCGCCAGGUACCAGGGCCGUGAGCUCUAUGAGCGGCCACCCCAUCUCUAUGCUGUGGCCAACGCCGCCUACAAGGCAAUGAAGCACCGGUCCAGGGACACCUGCAUCGUCAUCUCAGGGGAGAGUGGGGCAGGGAAGACAGAAGCCAGUAAGCACAUCAUGCAGUACAUCGCUGCUGUCACCAAUCCAAGCCAGAGGGCUGAGGUGGAGAGGGUCAAGGACGUGCUGCUCAAGUCCACCUGUGUGCUGGAGGCCUUUGGCAAUGCCCGCACCAACCGCAAUCACAACUCCAGCCGCUUUGGCAAGUACAUGGACAUCAACUUUGACUUCAAGGGGGACCCGAUCGGAGGACACAUCCACAGCUACCUACUGGAGAAGUCUCGGGUCCUCAAGCAGCACAUGGGUGAAAGAAACUUCCACGCCUUCUACCAAUUGCUGAGAGGCAGUGAGGACAAGCAGCUGCAUGAACUGCACUUGGAGAGAAACCCUGCUGUAUACAAUUUCACACGCCAGGGAGCAGGACUCAACAUGACUGUGCACAGUGCCUUGGACAGUGAUGAGCAGAGCCACCAGGCAGUGACCGAGGCCAUGAGGGUCAUCGGCUUCAGUCCUAAAGAGGUGGAGUCUGUGCAUCGCAUCCUGGCUGCCAUAUUGCACCUGGGAAACAUCGAGUUUGUGGAGACGGAGGAGGGUGGGCUGCAGAAGGAGGGCCUGGCAGUGGCCGAGGAGGCACUGGUGGACCAUGUGGCUGAGCUGACGGCCACACCCCGGGACCUCGUGCUCCGCUCCCUGCUGGCUCGCACAGUUGCCUCGGGAGGCAGGGAACUCAUAGAGAAGGGCCACACUGCAGCUGAGGCCAGCUAUGCCCGGGAUGCCUGUGCCAAGGCAGUGUACCAGCGGCUGUUUGAGUGGGUGGUGAACAGGAUCAACAGUGUCAUGGAACCCCGCGGCCGGGAUCCUCGGCGUGAUGGCAAGGACACAGUCAUUGGCGUGCUGGACAUCUAUGGCUUCGAGGUGUUUCCCGUCAACAGUUUCGAGCAGUUCUGCAUCAACUACUGCAACGAGAAGCUGCAGCAGCUAUUCAUCCAGCUCAUCCUGAAGCAGGAACAGGAAGAGUACGAGCGCGAGGGCAUCACCUGGCAGAGCGUUGAGUAUUUCAACAACGCCACCAUUGUGGAUCUGGUGGAGCGGCCCCACCGUGGCAUCCUGGCCAUGCUGGACGAGGCCUGCAGCUCUGCUGGCACCAUCACUGACCGAAUCUUCCUGCAGACCCUGGACACGCACCACCGCCAUCACCUACACUACACCAGCCGCCAGCUCUGCCCCACAGACAAGACCAUGGAGUUUGGCCGAGACUUCCGGAUCAAGCACUAUGCAGGGGACGUCACGUACUCCGUGGAAGGCUUCAUCGACAAGAACAGAGAUUUCCUCUUCCAGGACUUCAAGCGGCUGCUGUACAACAGCACGGACCCCACUCUACGGGCCAUGUGGCCGGACGGGCAGCAGGACAUCACAGAGGUGACCAAGCGCCCCCUGACGGCUGGCACACUCUUCAAGAACUCCAUGGUGGCCCUGGUGGAGAACCUUGCCUCCAAGGAGCCCUUCUACGUCCGCUGCAUCAAGCCCAAUGAGGACAAGGUAGCUGGGAAGCUGGAUGAGAACCACUGUCGCCACCAGGUCGCAUACCUGGGGCUGCUGGAGAACGUGAGGGUCCGCAGGGCUGGCUUCGCUUCCCGCCAGCCCUACUCUCGAUUCCUGCUCAGGUACAAGAUGACCUGUGAAUACACAUGGCCCAACCACCUGCUGGGCUCCGACAAGGCAGCCGUGAGCGCUCUCCUGGAGCAGCACGGGCUGCAGGGGGAUGUGGCCUUUGGCCACAGCAAGCUGUUCAUCCGCUCGCCCCGGACACUGGUCACACUGGAGCAGAGCCGAGCCCGCCUCAUCCCCAUCAUUGUGCUGCUAUUGCAGAAGGCAUGGCGGGGCACCUUGGCGAGGUGGCGCUGCCGGAGGCUGAGGGCUAUCUACACCAUCAUGCGCUGGUUCCGGAGACACAAGGUGCGGGCUCACCUGGCUGAGCUGCAGCGGCGAUUCCAGGCUGCAAGGCAGCCGCCACUCUACGGGCGUGACCUUGUGUGGCCGCUGCCCCCUGCUGUGCUGCAACCCUUCCAGGACACCUGCCACGCACUCUUCUGCAGGUGGCGGGCCCGGCAGCUGGUGAAGAACAUCCCCCCUUCAGACAUGCCCCAGAUCAAGGCCAAGGUGGCUGCCAUGGGGGCCCUGCAAGGGCUUCGUCAGGACUGGGGCUGCCGACGGGCCUGGGCCCGAGACUACCUGUCCUCUGCCACUGACAAUCCCACAGCAUCAAGCCUGUUUGCUCAGCGACUAAAGACACUUCGGGACAAAGAUGGCUUCCGGGCUGUGCUCUUUUCAAGCCAUGUCCGCAAGGUGAACCGCUUCCACAAGAUCCGGAACCGGGCCCUCCUGCUCACAGACCAGCACCUCUACAAGCUGGACCCUGACCGGCAGUACCGGGUGAUGCGGGCCGUGCCCCUUGAGGCGGUGACGGGGCUGAGCGUGACCAGCGGAGGAGACCAGCUGGUGGUGCUGCACGCCCGCGGCCAGGACGACCUCGUGGUGUGCCUGCACCGCUCCCGGCCGCCAUUGGACAACCGCGUUGGGGAGCUGGUGGGCGUUUUGGCCGCACACUGCCAGGGGGAGGGCCGCACCCUGGAGGUUCGCGUCUCCGACUGCAUCCCACUAAGCCAUCGCGGGGUCCGGCGCCUCAUCUCCGUGGAGCCCAGGCCGGAGCAGCCAGAGCCCGAUUUCCGCUGCGCUCGCGGCUCCUUCACCCUGCUCUGGCCCAGCCGCUGAGCGCCCGCACCCGCCGCACCCCGAGGCCGCCAAUUGUCCGCCCCGCCAGCGCUGCAAAUAAACCUUCUGAGUCAGCC